UUCCUGCGUGAACGUGUCUUGAUAUAGCCAUGCUUGUUCGACAUGCUUCGAAUCCUUUACGCCUUCCUCUUUUUUUUCAUCAGAUGUAAAGAUGCUUUACGUGCCUGAGAAGAAGAAAAUACAAUGGUUAAAAUUGAUGCAGCACCUCCAACAUAUACAAAACAACAUACCGAUAAUUAUCGACGAAAGACAUCGAUGAAACCAGCGGAAGAAGUGUGAAAUCUCUUCAUAGCGGUGAUUGUGCCAUCAACCAUUGUGGCCUUAGGAGCCAUUGAUCCUGGUACAAUGGUACCGCGAAAGCUUUAGUGGAUAUAUAAGGAACUGCGCGGACUUUUAGGUUUUACAUUCUCUGUCACAGGAAGCCAUGAAGACUGUUCUGCUCCUAGUACUGAGUGCAUCUCUAGUUGCCGCUGGAGUACCGAAGAAGCGAGGUACAGAAUACUACACAAAGCCUAAACAGCCUUACAGCUUCUCCUACUUUACCCAAGAACUUCCAGCUAAUGAAGGUCUGCUGAAGCUGCUACCGACAGUGCAGAAGGCUCCAGUGCAGCAGACUCCAGUGCAACAGCUUGCUGUUGUACCUGUCUAUGUUGAGAACCCAAUACCUAUACCCAUCGAGCAUGUACCUAUAAUAUCAAAAGUACCAGUCGUGUACCAGUACGAAGAGGUAGCCAGGCCUAAUACCUAUCCACAUCUUAAGCCUUACUACAAACAGGUUCGAUGAGGUUACAAGUAUGAAAGAAAUAUUUUCUACCCCCUUGAAUAUGGAAAUCUCACAUCGAUAAAACUGUUUCACUAUAUCGAACAUAAUUAUUUUUUAAUAAUCUCUUUGAUGAUUUUUAU